AUGGCGGCGGUGGCAGCCGUGUGCGCCUCGCAGGGGCUCCCGCCGGGCGCGCCGUCCGCACCGGCGCCCGCGCCCGCGUCCGCGCCCGCGGCCGGCCUGGGCCGCUGCCGGAUGGCGCUGCUGCUGGCCGUGGCGCUGGACGUGGCGGGCAUGGCGGCGCUGCUGACCGGCGUGUUCGCGCAGCUGCAGGUGCGCGGCCGCGACUUCGGCGACCUGCUCAUCUACUCGGGCGCGCUGCUCGUCUUCCUGAGCCUGCUCGGCUGGAUCCUCUGGUACACGGGCAACAUCGAGAUCUCGCGCCAGGAGCUGGAGCGCGACUACGGCCUGCGGCCCACGGCGCUCGCCCGCCUCGCGCGCAAGCUCUCCCGCCGCUGGUCGGCGCCCGCCGCCGGCCCGCGCGCCGCGCCCGGCCCCCGGGGUGCGCGCCGAGCCGCCCGCGCGCCCCCGCCGCCCGCCGCCGCCGCCCGCCGCGUGCGCCUGCAGCUGGCCACGCUCGAGGCCGGCCCCGGGGCGGCGGGCGCGGGCAGCGAGUGAGCCCCCAGACCACCCCACGCCCCACCUGGGAGGAGCGGACUGAGCUGCGCACCUGCCCUCACCCAGCCGGCUGCUGGGACGCCCGCCUCCCCGGCAUAUCCACGCUCGGAUAAAGGCCUCUGCCUCCAGCCUGCUUGUCUGGGAGAAGAACUGUGCUGGUGUUGGGCCCGCGGGAAUGUGGCCACCCCUUGGGGGACCCACCCUGGGGACACGGGAGCCAGCAUCAUGCUAGCCUUUUGGAGGGGACCUGGAAGCCAGAGCCGCCCACUCAGCCUGUGUUGAUUUGAGUCUUCGGAAAAGCAGACGCAGGGACA